UAAUUUCUCACAGUCGGCGCAACUUGAUGUAUGCGUCACUCUGGAGUUCAGAUUUUGGACCGCACUCUCUCUAUAUCUGCCUUUAAAAUCCCUUCUCUCUACCUCUCGCUUAUCUUCCUGUCGGAGCCCUGUGAGCCACUAAUUCCGGCAGUUCGCAGGCCAAAAAAAAAGCUAGCUAGCGAUGAAGGAAAGGGUGGUGCUCUACCCGGGGAUGGGCAUGGGCCACCUUGUGCCCACGGUGGAGCUGGCCAAGCUCUUCCUCUGCGACGGCUUGGCCGUCACCGUCCUCGUCGUCGACCCCCCAUUCAAGGGCCGCUCCGACGACGACUCAUUCAUCGCCGCCGCCGCCGCCGCUCACCCCUCCCUCUCUUUCCACCACCUCCCCAUCUCCCUCCCCCCAAAUCCCCCCACCGACCCUGUGAUCCUCAUGUUCGACAUCCUCCGCCAGGGCGCGACCCACCUCCGCGCCGUACUCAAAUCCCUUUCCGAGACCUCCGCCGUCCGCGCCCUCGUCGUCGACUUCUUCUGCACGGAGGCCCUCGACGUCGCCACCGAGGUAGGCAUCCCCUCCUAUAUCUUCUUCAGCAGCAGCGCCGCCAACCUCGCCUACUUCAUCUACCUUCCAAUCCACCACUCCGCCGAUCCUGGCAACUUGAAAGAUCUCGGAGACGCCCCGGUCAACUUUCCCGGCCUCCGGCCAAUCCCGGCGUCCCAUUUGCCGGCUCAAGUCCAAGACCGGAACGAUGAGUGCUACAAACGUCUCCUCUUCCACUUCGAGCGCUUACCGAGAUUCGACGGCAUCCUAAUCAACACCUUCGAGUCGUUGGAGCCGCGGGCGGUGACGGCUCUCAGAGACGGCGCCUGCCUUCCCGACCGUCCGAUGACUCCCGCAUACUGCAUCGGGCCGUUGAUUGCUGAUCGGAGAGGCAGCGGAGGGAAGGAAAAGCACGAGUGCAUCACGUGGCUGGACUCGCAGCCGAAGGCUAGCGUGGUGUUCUUGUGCUUCGGCAGCGCAGGCUCCUUCUCCGUGGAGCAGCUCAAGGAAAUGGCCACCGGAUUGGAGAGGAGCGGCCAGAGGUUUCUCUGGGUGGUGCGGGCCCCACGGAACGAGGACCCGUCCGGUAUGUCCAAACCGGAUCUGGAGGCUAUUUUGCCGGAGGGGUUCCUGGGCCGGACCAAGCUAAGGGGUUUGGUGGUGAUGUCGUGGGCACCGCAGGUGGAGGUGCUGGCCCACGAGGCGGUGGGGGCGUUCGUGACCCACUGCGGUUGGAACUCCACGCUGGAGGGAUUGUGCGCCGGGAUGCCGUUGAUUGGGUGGCCUUUGUACGCGGAGCAGAGGAUGAAUAAAGUGAUGCUGGUGGAGGAGUUGAGGCUGGCGGUGGCGGUGGAGGGAUACGACAAGGGGGUGGUGAGCGCCGCGGAAGUGGAGGCGAAGGUGAGGUGGGUGAUGGAGUCGGAGGGAGGGAGGGAGCUGCGGAAGAGGGCGACGGGUAUGGCAGCGAAGGCGAAGGAAGCGUGGGGAGAUGGCGGGUCCUCUCAGGCGGCGUGGGUGGAGUUCGUGAAGGUUCUGAAGAGUGGUGGCAACGGAGCAAGUAAAUGAUGAGCGUACUGGCUGGGACUUUGUUUCUUUUUCACAGUUGUUUUGCUUGCACGUGUCAUGGAGGAACGGUGUCUGGUCUAUAUGUUACCUAGUGACGUUAUCCGGUUAGUAAGCGUCCCCAGUGUAUUGCUUGUGAAUGGUGCACGGUAAUAUCAUACACCUGGUUGUUUUGUCUUCCGGCAUCGUAUCAAACACGGAGGAGAAUUGUUUGAAUUUUAGCCCACCCUGUUGUUAAGCGGCUCCAAUGAUCAAUUACGCCGGUCAUUUUGGGAUGUGAAACGAUGGGUGGCUGUUCAGUCCUCGUUAAAUCGUUUUGUCUUGUGUCCGAUUUCAGUACUUUAUUUUAAAAAAAAUAAAAUAAAACAUAUUAUUAGGAA